UUCUCACUUCUCAUCACUGCAACAGGUCCAAAAAUCCAAACCUUCGGAGAAGAAAAGCAUUUCAGCUUGAGUAACAGAAUACUCCAAUUUAAUAUCCAAAUCUCUAGAAAACAAAUAUGGAACAUCCAGGAUUAAGCACCAAUAUGAGGAGAAUCCUCCUGCUGAUUAGCUGCUUAAUACUCGCUGUUGGCAUAUGUGGUGGUCCUCUAAUGAUGCGUCUAUAUUAUGUUGAGGGAGGUUCAAGAAUAUGGCUUAGUAGUUGGUUACAAACUGGUGGAUGGCCACUCACCCUUAUACCUCUUGCCAUCCUAUACUAUUAUCGUCGAAAAACCGAAGGCUCAAACGCCAAGUUUUACUUGAUGACACCCCGAAUUUUUAUUGCAUCAUUUGUUAUUGGCGUUGCCACUGGUCUUGAUGAUUUUCUCUAUUCGUGGGGCGGGUCAAAACUCCCCGUAUCAACCUCUUCACUUCUUCUUGCUGCUCAACUUGCCUUCACGGCAGUAGGUGCUUUCUUCAUAGUGAAGUUGAAGUUAUCACCCUUCUCUAUCAAUGCAGUGGUUUUACUAACAGUUGGUGCUGUUUUAUUGGGUAUUCGAUCUAAUGGUGAUCGACCAGAGGGCGUGACAAGUAAAGAAUAUAUUAUUGGUUUUAUGAUGACACUUCUAGCAGCAGCUUUGUACGGAGUCAUUUUGCCUUGUAUUGAGUUGAUUUACAUGAAGGCAAAACAAGCUAUUACUUCUACGUUAGUAUUGGAGAUUCAGAUGAUCAUGAGUUUUGCUGCUACUGCCUUUUGCACUGUAGGAAUGAUCGCCAAUAAAGACUUUCAGGCAAUGUCAAGGGAGGCAAAACAAUUUAACGUCGGAGAAGCUAGAUAUUAUACAGUUAUAGUAUGCACUGCCGCUAUUUGGCAGUGCUUCUUCGUGGGUAUUAUUGGAGUUAUCUACUGCUCUUCUUCUUUGAUGUCUGGGGUUAUGAUUGCAGUUUUGCUCCCCGUUACUGAGGUAUUAGCUGUAAUUUUCUUUAAGGAAAAUUUUUCAGGUGAAAAGGGUCUUGCUCUUUUCCUUUCUCUUUGGGGUUUCGUCUCAUACUUCUAUGGAGAGUUCAGACAAACAAAGAAGCAGAAGAAUACAAGUCCAGAAGCUGAGAUGACAAUUACGACACAUACUGAAUCUGUUUGAUUUACUAUUCAUGGUUAUAAGGAUAACUAGUUUUUAUUUUUUGUACAAAAUAAUGUACGUCGUUUUCCUUUCAUUGCUACUUUCAUUAUGUUUGUGAAAAGGGUCUCUCUCUUUGAAAUUUCUGAUGUUGCUCUUAAAUCCGUAAUACAACACUUGAAAUAUUUGCAGUUUCUA